GCCUCACAAAGGCACGUUGAUUGUACGGGCGAAAAGCAUGGCGGACGACAGCGAGGGAACCUCCAAGCUAAACACAGACGAAGAAAAACACGAAGAGUCGAGUGGUGACGAUGAUAACGACACUAAUGACAAGAGUGGAGAAAAUCGUGAGGCGGUAAAGUCCUUCCGAGACUUGGGUGUCACCGACGUACUGUGCGAGGCUUGUGAUCUGCUGGGAUGGAAGAGUCCAACAAAGAUUCAGAUUGAAGCUGUACCAGUGGCCCUUCAAGGCAAAGAUGUCAUUGGCUUGGCUGAAACCGGUUCAGGAAAGACGGGUGCCUUUGCUCUGCCCAUCCUCCAGUCACUGCUGGCCUCACCCCAGCGGCUUCAUACCCUCGUCCUCACUCCCACCAGAGAAUUGGCUUUUCAGAUCUCGGAGCAGUUUGAGGCCCUGGGUUCUAGCAUUGGCGUCAAGUGUGCUGUCGUAGUUGGAGGAAUUGACAUGAUGUCUCAGUCUUUGGUGUUGGCCAAGAAACCACACAUUGUCAUUGCCACACCCGGUCGACUGAUGGAUCACUUGGAGAACACAAAGGGCUUCAACUUGAGAGCGCUCAAGUUCCUCGUCAUGGAUGAAGCAGACCGAAUCCUCAACAUGGACUUUGAGACUGAGGUGGAUAAAAUCUUGAAAGUGAUUCCAAGGGAGAGGCGCACCUUUCUUUUCUCUGCAACCAUGACCAAAAAGGUCCAGAAACUAGAGAGAGCCGCACUGAAAAACCCGGUCAAGUGUGCCGUUUCUACCAAAUACUCGACAGUAGAAAAGCUGCAGCAGUAUUACGUCUUCAUACCAUCCAAGUACAAGGACUGUUACCUGGUGUCGAUCCUGAACGAGCUGGCAGGCAACUCCUUCAUUAUUUUCUGCGGCACUUGCAACAAUGCCCAGCGGGUGGCGCUUUUGUUGAGGAACCUUGGCAUCACUGCCAUCCCUCUUCAUGGUCAGAUGAGUCAGAAUAAACGUCUUGGAUCGCUAAAUAAAUUCAAAGCGAAGUCGCGGUCAGUGCUCCUGGCGACUGACGUGGCGUCCCGAGGGCUCGACAUUCCACACGUUGAUUGUGUCAUCAACUACGACAUCCCCACGCACUCCAAGGACUACAUCCACAGGGUCGGGAGGACAGCCAGAGCAGGACGAUCGGGGAAGUCCAUCACAUUUGUCACCCAAUAUGACGUGGAGCUUUUCCAGCGAAUUGAAAACCUGAUUGGGAAGAAACUUCCUGCCUUCCCCACACACGAGGAGGAGGUGAUGAUGUUGGUGGAGAGGGUCAGCGAGGCCCAGCGAUUUGCCAGGCUGGAAAUGAGGGAACAUGGUGAGAAACGGAAAAGACCCAAAGACCGAGACGGAGACGAGGAUGACACAGAACAAGCAAGCGGGGUGAGGAAAAAGGUAAAAGGAGGCUCGGGAGUGGGACGAGGAGGUGGGAAGAAGAGGGGCGGAGCUGCCUGGAGAGGCGGACGCUGAGGCCUGUAACUUUACUAUAGACUGUACAUAAAAUAUCUUGUUUAUCAUGUCAAAACUGGAUUAUGAUGAUACCUGGUUUUCCUGUCUUUAGCUUGAGUUUUGUCAUUGCAUUUUUCCAUUUAUAGUAAAAUUUUUCCAGUUGAAAUGUUGGUUAAAAAAUGUGUCUUUCUCUGCAUACCCGAAAGCAAACUGGGGUCACUGUGGUGAAAUGUAAUAAUAUAAUGUAUAUUUGCUCACCUGUCAUCAGUGCUAGUGACAGGCGGAGCAAAUAAAUGUUUCUCCACUAGAUGGCAGAAUGCACCGUUAAGUUGGCUGAAAUGUACCCUCUAAACUGGCACAAAUGUCGUUAAUGUUGAUAUUUGGUCAAUAAUAAACAAUUUCCAAAAGUUACUUAUACCAAUAAAUCAAGAUCUCAACUGCU